CGUAAAAUUUGCAUGGCAGCUCGCAAUAUGUGCUGAGGCAGCGUAGCUGGCGUGGCGUAACCGAAAGUAGCGCCUGACUGAGGGCCUGAAGGCCCUUGGAGGGGAUAUUUUCUCUUUGCGACGUAGGUUUUACGUAAGCAAAUCGAGGAAAGUCGGCGCUUGGUUUUCGUCCGAAAUUCGUUCUGUGCCAUCGACUUCCAACAUGCCUUAUAUUAACGAACGAGGCGAAAUCAUGGAGUCGCGGCCUUUGUGGCGGAUAGGAACCAUUACCGAUUUUUUUCAAGGUUUGGCACGGAUGGUCACUUUAUUCUUUCAGACUUUGUUUAUGAUGGAUUCUGAUAAUUCAAGUAGAUCGUCGUUGUCAAGUCGUGGAGGGCCUAAUGUGCGAAGAUCUCCUGGCCAACAACCAAGACGCAGGCUUGCCGGUUUUAGAAACCUUGACUCUGGCACAAUGAACUGCUUCCAUCCCUGGUGGAGGAUGAGGCUAAAGGGUCUUCUGUACAGAGAAGACCCGAGAAGCCUAUGCCCCUCCGUGUACCAUGAAGCACUCCUUCUGAGCAACAUGAUGAUGCUCACCCUUUCAACUCCAAUGUGAGCUGGGGUGUGGCUUAAGCUUUGCCGAAGAGUUGCUUCCAAAUAUGUAUCAUCUAAGCAUUUUGUCACGCAGCACAAAUUUAAAUUGCUUUCUACGCGGGUUGAAAAAAAUUGCAUGAGUGAGCCAUAUGAGAAGAUGUUGUAAUCGCUGUGGCAUUAUAAAGCUUUUGCACAUUUAUAUAUU